CAACAUUCCAUGUAUCACUUUGUUUUGGACCAUUCAUCGGAUUAGUUUUAUCGCAUUAGAACAUGAAUUAGAACCGUAAUCCAGCAGUUUCCAUCCACAAAUCGAAAUUUAAAGAGUUUUUCGUUCAAAAUUUGUUUAAGUUCAAUUACAGUCCAUAAUGCUGCUCAGUCUGGGCUUUGCUUGUCUCAUAAUAAUCGGUUCGUCGCACGCAAUUCCCAAGGAAUCGGAAAAACGCGUGCUGGACAACGAUUUAUCACAUUCCGAGCACUACGAGGACGGGCAUCACAAUGCCAAAUACGAUCACGAGGCCUUUCUGGGAGAAGAUCAAGCCAAAACUUUCGAUCAAUUGACGCCGGAAGAGAGUUCACGACGAUUAGGAAUUAUUUACGAUAAAAUCGACACAAACAACGACAAACAAGUAGAUUUGGCAGAAUUGAAAAAUUGGAUACAAUUUACGCAGCGUCGGUAUAUCCAGGAUGACGUUGAACGUCAAUGGAAGACACAUAAUCCAAGCGGCAAUGACACGAUCGAAUGGGAAGUGUACAAAGGGACUGUUUACGGGUUUUUGGAUGAUUUGGAUGAGAAAGAGAAAGAUAAAGAAGACGGAAUGGGAUUUUCUUAUCGCAAAAUGCUGAGUCGGGAUCGUCGACGUUGGGCAGUUGCGGAUCGUGAUGGCGAUGAAAAAUUGACGAAAGAGGAAUUUACGGAUUUUUUGCAUCCGGAGGAAAGUCCGUACAUGCGAGAUAUUGUCGUAGCGGAGACAAUUGAGGAUAUUGACAAAAAUGGCGAUGGAAAAGUGUCGAUCGAGGAAUAUAUUGGAGAUAUGUAUCCAAAUAAGGAAGAUGAUGACGAAGAUGAACCGGAUUGGGUCAAGAGUGAACGUGAUAUUUUCAUGAAUUUCAGAGACAAAGACAAGGAUGGAUUAAUGGACACGGAAGAAGUCAAAGAAUGGAUCAUCCCAACAGAUUUCGAUCAUGCAGAAGCUGAAGCGAGACACUUAAUCUACGAAGCUGACGCCGAUAGCGAUGAAAAAUUGACGAAAGAAGAAGUCCUUGAGAAAUACGACUUGUUCGUUGGCUCACAAGCCACAGACUUUGGCGACGUUCUUGUGCGACACGAUGAAUUCUGAACGAAUAUUCCGAAAAUUUUAUUCGUGCCAAAGUGUUGUCUUUUAAUACUUACCUACUUAAGUUUUAGUGCGUAAUCUCGUUUCGUAUGAUCUUGGUGCGUAAAAGAAUUGAAAUUAAUUCCAAUAAUUUUUUUUUUGGUUUACAUAAAAGUACGUUUUUAAGAAAUAAAAA